UUGUCCUUUUUCUCUCACACUGUUACGCCUCCUUAUGCCUUUCAGUUUGUCUACUGGAAUAACCAAGUGGCCAGUCAUGUGCAGGUGCGUGGUACGGUGCCACUUUUUUGGGAGCAACCCGGCAUUCAAGUGGGUUCGCACAAGAUCAAACUUUCGCGCCUUCCCGAAACUUCCCUGCCCGCCUUCCAACGACAUUUUGCUGACAUUCUUUCACGUUACGGCGAGACGGUUAUCAUCAACCUACUGGGCUCUAAAGAGGGCGAGGGCCAGCUGAGUGCAGCUUAUCACGAUCACCUAAAAAUGUCCGAAUUUUCGGGCUCGAUCGCAUAUCACCAUUUUGACUACCAUGCCAAAGUAACCUCGCAGAAUUUUGAAAGCCUCCAGGCUUUUCUGGCCAAGUUGGAACCCCAACUACAUGCAUGGGACUUUUUCCACAUGAACGGCUCUGAAGUAAAACGCAUGCAAAAGGGCGUGGUA